AUGGCAACCUUCUGUCUGGUGCUACAAGUUCUCAUCAAGGACCUGUUCUCUGUUGUCACCAACCUGACCCGCUCCUCAUCACCAUGGUUACGGCCGGUGCAGCACUGGCGGAGUUCAGUAAGGGUGCACGUUGGCAUGAGGGUUCUCUCCAUUCUGGAUGUGAACUGGGGGGACCAAUUGGUGUGGUGGGAUCCUUCCUGGUAUGGAGGUCUGCAGCACAUCUCCCUCCCCUCCUCCCUUAUGUGGACCCCCGACCUCAGCAUCCGAGAGGCGGUCUCUGAGGAGAGGCAGCAGGCUGGCCGUGGGUUUGUGAGAGUGGACAGCAGUGGCUGGGUAUCCAGGGAGACGGUCUCCAUAGUGACCCUGCGUUGUGAUUUGGCCAUGAUGAUGUUCCCCUUUGACACGCAGCGCUGUAACCUCACGCUACAGUCACACCUGUACACAGCUGAGGAGCUUGAGCUAUGCCUGGAGCAUUCAGCCAUCGCCCCCGCCCCCGUCAGUACUCACGGCGAAUGGGAUCUCAUCUCCACGCUGAGUGACACCCAGAUCAGACAAUCGCAGGACGGCCGGCACUACUCCCGCCUCACCUUCCAGCUUGUCCUGAAGCGCCAUCCCCUGUUCUACGUGUUAAACCUGCUGGUUCCCAGUGCCCUGGUGAUGCUGGUGGACCUGGCUGGCUGGUGUGUGCCCGUGGAGAGUGCAGAGAGGCUGCCCUUCAAGGUGACCCUGCUGCUGGGCUACACCGUCUACCUGCUGCUGGCCACAGACCUGCUGCCUCCCUUUAAAGACCAGACACCAAUGCUGGGUGUGUACCUGGUGGGGUGCCUGGUCUUCCUGUCCAUAAGCCUGAGUGAGAGUGCCCUGCUGCUGGCACUGGGACAACCAGACCUUCACACGGGCGACCAGCCCAGCCCCCUGCACAGGCUGGCCCGCAGACUGCACUACCACUGGCCGCCACCAGAGGAAGCAAGAGAGCACAGUAGCAGCAGGAGAGGUGUGUACCUGGUGGGGUGCCUGGUCUUCCUGUCCAUAAGCCUGAGUGAGAGUGCCCUGCUGCUGGCACUGGGACAACCAGACCUUCACACGGGCGACCAGCCCAGCCCCCUGCACAGGCUGGCCCGCAGACUGCACUACCACUGGCCGCCACCAGAGGAAGCAAGAGAGCACAGUAGCAGCAGGAGAGGCUUGAAACGCUCCUUCCGUGUCACAGGGUCCUGUGGGCGGGACCUGUGUGUGAUGCGAGGAUUGGAGGAGGAGCUUGAGGAGGUGGGGGAGGAGCUACGGCAUCUGAAUGUGAGGAGGGAAGAACGCAGUGACAGCCUCCACCUGAUGGAGGCGCUAGACUGCCUCUGCUUCAGGCUGUACGCCGCCACACUCACGGUCUUCACGCUCGCACUAGCACUCCUGUGGACUAUAUGAAUGGCUGGAUGAAUGAAUGAAUGAAUG